AUGCUUAGCACCUCACCAGGCUACUGGCGUGCAACGAACCAAAGCGACAAAAUUCUACCGUGCUUCAAUGCGGGCGCUUGCAACGGCGGAGAAACGGGGGCGGACCUCUUCUGUGCCCACGGAUACAUGGGAUAUUGCGCUGUGUGCGGAAACGGCUACACUCCAUCUCUCGCUCACAGUUGUACGCGAUGCUCACGCUCAAGGCGCCAGGGACUCAUGGUCGCCACGGCCUUCAAAAUCAUCAUCGUCGUGUGGCAGAUAUUGACACAGUUCGCAGCCGCAGCCAACGUCACCUACCCGCGCGUGUACCAGGACUUUCUGAGCGCUAUCGACACAAUCAACGUCGACCUUGGUUUCAUGAUUUCCGCCGGGUGCUUAUGGUCAGGCAUUGACUUCCACGGUCGGCUCCUUGUCGAUACUAUCGGACCUUUGCUUGCGACUGAUAUGCUCGCUUCGACGGACUUGGUCGCGUUGCGUAGGAACGCCACGGCCGGCCACGCUAUACUGGAAAAGAUACGUCACAAGCACGUCACGGUUUUGCUCUUGGUGACGUUUCUGGUGUACUCCUCGGUAUCAUCAAUGGUGUUCCAAACUUUCGCUUGUAACUCCCUUGACGACGGCAACAGCUACCUCCGGGCGGACUACAGGAUUUUUUGCACGACUUCGAAACACCUGGCUCUUCAAGUGUAUGCCGGCGUCAUGGUCGUUGUAUACCCAGUGGGCAUCCCCCUCCUGCACGCCAUCCUGUUGUUUCAACAUCGUGAUAUUUUGGUCAAUGCCAGUGCAGACAAGGCGGCAACUCAGCCGAUUGCCAGCUUGUGGGAGGCGUGCAAACCCGCUUACGCUGGAGCGCUUGUGGCAGGCCACGUGUUGAUGUUCCUCGCUAUUUCAGUCGAGGUGGUAGGCAUCUGCUACGUAUCGAGGAGGAACAGAGUGAUGGAGGAAGACAAGGCGUUCUUGAGCUUUCCCGGGUUGAGGGCGCGUGCAACAUCGGACGGAACCCCUGUGUUUGAGAGGUCUCCUGCAUCGUGA